AUGCCGCAGAGGGGCCACACAUCUCAGGAGAGGCUUUGGGCUUUGUCCUCCCUCCCCAUGGCACAUGGCCCAGAGCCUGAGGUCCAGGGAUUGUUGGACCUCAGCUUCCUGACGCAGGAGGAGCAAGAGGCCAUUGCUGGUGUCCUCAGACGAGAUGCCCACCUGCGCCAGCUGGAUGAGGGGCGUGUCAGCAAGCUCCGGGCCUCGCUGGCAGACCCCAGGCAACUGAAGAUCCUGACAGGAGACUGGUUUCAGGAGGCACGUUCCCAACGGCACCAACAUACCCACUUGGGCUCUGACCUUGUCCGAGCCUCUAUCCGCAGGAAGAAGAGCUCUAGGGGAGACCAAGCUCCGGGCAGUGAUGGAGAGGCUGAGGCUGCUGGGAAAGAGACUGAAGAGUCAGGGUCCAGGCUCCCCGUAGAGGAGGAGGCCCCUCAAGAGAGGCGGGAUGAGACUCAUGGACCUGCUUUCCCCUCACCACAGGCCCCUCUAAAGGUCUCAGAUCAUGAGGAGGAGCCCCAGAUCCAGGAAGCCCCCGGCCCCGGCUCGGGGAGCACGCAGGUGGACGCGGAGCAAGAGGAGCCCGAGCCCGAGCCGGAGCCGGAGCUGGAGCCGGAGCCGGAGCCGGAGCCCGCGCUGGGGACAAGGAAGACCGCAGAAGAGCCGGGGCCCCUGCCGGCCCAGAUCAGAGUGGCGUCGGAGAUCCUGGAGAACGGGGAAGAGGCCCCAGGGCCCGGCCCCUCCCUCGACCGCAUGCUCAGCAGCAGCUCCUCCGUGUCCAGUCUCACCUCCUCCACGCUGAGCGGCAGCCUGAUGAGCCUGUCCGGGGAGGUGGAGGCGGGCGCGGUGCAGGUGUGCGGCUCCCUGAACUUCGCACUGCGCUAUGAUCCCGGGGCCCAGGAGCUGCGCGUGCAUGUGAUCCAGUGCCAGGGCCUGGCCGCUGCCCGGCGCCGCCGCUCGGACCCCUACGUCAAAAGCUACCUCCUCCCAGAUAAGCAGAGCAAACGCAAGACAGCUGUGAAGAAACGGAACCUAAAUCCGAUUUUUAACGAGAUUCUCCGGUACUCUGUCCCUCAGACUCAACUCCCGGGUCGAGUGUUGAGCCUGUCCGUGUGGCAUCGUGAAAGCCUGGGUCGAAACAUCUUUCUGGGCGAAGUCGAAGUGCCCCUGGACACGUGGAACUGGGACUCCGAGCCCACAUGGCUCACCCUGCAGUCCCGGGUCCCACCCUCUCCCAGUGAGCUGCCCAGCCGAGGUCUCCUCUCGCUAUCUCUCAAAUACAUCCCUGCUGGCUCCGAAGGUGGGGGACAGCCCGUGAGCGGGGAGCUGCACUUCUGGGUAAAGGAAGCUCAGAACCUCGUGCCACUGCGUUCUGGAUCUCUGGACACAUUCGUGCAGUGCUCAGUGCUGCCUGAUGACAGUCGAGCUGGCCGCCAGCGUACAAGGGUGGUGCGACACAGCCUCAGCCCCACAUUCAACCACACUAUGGUUUACGAUGGCUUUGGGCCUGCUGAUUUGCGCCAGGCCUGUGCUGAGCUCUCCCUCUGGGACCACGGGGCCCUGGGCAGCCGCCAGCUGGGGGGCACUCGCCUCAGCCUGGGUACUGGCAGCAGCUACGGGCUCCAGGUGCCUUGGAUGGAUUCUACCCCUGAGGAGAAGCACCUAUGGCAGACACUCCUGGAGCGGCCAUGUGAGUGGGUGGAUGGCCUUCUACCCCUCAGAACCAACCUGAUCCCCAGGACUUAGCCCUACCCAACCGCUGUCUCAGAGCCCCCAUCCCAGGGUCUGCCGCUGGCUAAAGUUAAUAAAGUUUCUUCUGAGGUCA